AUGACCUUCAGGGUCAUUACAGCAGGCUUGCUGUUGUUGUUGAUGCUUUACAUAUUAGCAGAGCUUAUUGAGGGACAUUUGUAUCGGCAAGUACACCCGAUGGGGCAGUUUAAAAAUGUAUUUGGUGAUAGAGAACAAAUGUAUGUUGUAUCAGAUAGAAAUGAAAGAAUAAUGAAGAGUGUAAGUAUUGUUUAUCCAAAUGUUCCUCAUUUUGCUUGCAUAUGGCACCUCUGGAAAAAUGUGUUUACAUACUUCAGGAAAAGCAGAUCCAUACUAACUGAUCUGUUCUAUUCAAUGGCAAAGGCUUAUCGGAAAGAUGAUUUUGAAAAAUUAAUGGCUAAAGUGGAAAAAGUAUAUGGCAGAAUUAAGAAGUAUUUUCAAGAUGUUGGGUAUGAAAGGUGGGCUAGAUCUCAUGCAACAGUGAGCAGGGGGGAAAUGAUGACUUCGAACAUAGAGGAAUGUAUCAAUGGUUGCCUAGUUGAUGCACGCCAAUUACGUAUUAUAGUCUUUCUAAAAGAAGCUAGAAUUCUAUUUGGUACUUGGAAUUGCAAAAAUCGAGAAAUGACAUCUUAUACAAAGGAAACAUUAGGGAGAAGAUUUGAAGAAAUAUUGAUUAUAAACGCAUCCAAAUGUGCGAAAAUGAAGGUUGUUGCAUCUUCUGAAUAUAUUUUUGCAGUGUAUGAAGGUGGGAUAAGAUACAUUGUUUCUCUUGAGAGGAAAACUUGUUCAUGUGGUAGAUUUCAACAUGACGAGAUACCUUGUGCGCACGCAAUGGCUGUUUUGAAGAAGAGGAAUAUUAAAGAUGUACAUCCCUACUGCUCUGAUUACUGUAAACAUGAUGCAUUAACAAACACAUAUGCAGUUCCAAUAGAACCAAUGCUAGACAAAAGUGAUUGGAUAGCUCCGAAAUGUGUGUUGGAAGAAGUCGUCUUGCCACCAAGAUACAAAAAAAUGCCUGGAAGGCCUGGAAAAAAGAGGAGGAAAAAUCCAGAUGAAAAGAACAUGUACUUUCUUCCCGAAAGAUUCUUGAUGCUUUCUAUUUAG